GAUCUCCUUUAGUUCCCCACAUAUUUUAUUUCUUUAUUCUCCUUUUCAGUGUGUGGCAGAUUAAGAAUUGAAUAUUUCAAGUGGUGUAAAAGCUCCCCUCCACCUCUCUCUCCACACUAUGCCUCCAGCACUUUUUGGAGACUACAAAUUCGCACCCUAACCCUCACUUAUCUUUCAUGUUCAAUCUCUUCUCCUAUACUUCUCCUUCUAUUUUUCUCCAGGCAACAAAAUCCUCUUCAUUUUAAACUCAAAGCUUCACUCCUCUGUUUUUCCUCUGUUUUUCCUCUGCGUCCAUACACUCUUGUGGGGUGCCUUUUGCUGUUUUUUUGCCUUUCACUAGUCAUAUUUGUAUCUUACAACUUGUUAUAAUGUCAACUAUAGUUUGCCAAGGUUUGCAGUCUUGUCUUGAGUCUCAACUUGUAGAGUCAAGGACACUGAGGCUCAGAUUAUCUUCACCAAAACCCCACUUCUCUCAAUCCCUUGGAUUAGCCUUAAAACCUUUUUCCUUGGACUCCAACACUAAGGAACUCGGCGACAGACUCCACGAUGAAGAUAAGCAUAUAUCUUCAAUCCCAAAUCCUGAUAUGGGUGGGUGGAGCUUCCUUCAGGCUCUAUCCAACGCCUCUCAGUGUUCUAAAGAAUCAAUGGAGAAAGAGAAUACAUAUGUACAUCCUCUAAUUAAGCGUUACCCCCCAACACUUAGCGAGAAGAGCCUGGAAUUAUGUACUGAGAACUUAGGUAGCGAAUCUGGCACUGAUUCUUUCGAGAAGAGCAUUUUCUCACUGUCUUCAUUCGAGUCAGAAGCAGGAAAUUCACCAACAAAGGAGCAACAAAAGCCUCGUCAACUUUUGGGAGCUAGGAAAGCGAAUUCUCGUAGUUUUCCACCUCCCUUGACAACGAUGAGUGGAUCGGAAUCCCUUCGAGUUAGGCCCCAUCGAGAAGAUGGGAGGUUGAUAAUCAAGGCCGUCAGGGCCCCAUCAACCCAUGCUUAUUUUCAAGCUGAGAGAAGCCAUGGCCGCCUUCGAUUGUGUUUUGUCAAAGAUUCUGCUUCAAAUUUUGACUCUAUAGAGGCAGCCUCCGCAGAAGAAAAUGAAGCAAUCACUGAAGCCAAGAAUGACAAAGAUGAGAUUGAAAAUGACGUGAAUCAGGAUGAAAGGGAAGACAUGGAAGAAGAAGAUGAAGAAGAAGAGGAGGAGGAAGAGGAGGAUGAUUUUGAAGAACAAGUAGAGGAAGGAAAUGAGGCAUCCACUGGAAAAGAGAAAGAAAAUAGUGGGUACAUUGAAAAAGAGGUGGAAGGAAAUCAUUUGAAUGUUGGGGCUGAAAUGGGAAUGGAAGAGUUACAAAGACCAAGCAGAUGCAAAGAAGGUGAACUAGAGAACAAGGGAUUGUUAAAUUGGGAACCUUUUUGGGUGGCUAUAUCCUAAAGUUUUAUUUUGGAUCUCUCUACUAUAAUCAAAUUUUACAAUUUUAAGUUUGUCCCUUUCCCUUUUUGCUCCCUUUUAAUUUUCUAAUGAAUUACCCUUUUCUUCUUCUUC